AUGCGCUGUAAACCUCUUGCACUCUUUCCGCCUCUCCUGCACCCUCUCUCCCGCCCUCCUCCGCUGCGUGCGCGCAUGGCAGGUGAUCGACACGUUCCACCGCUUCGCAGGCAUCAAGCGGCUCAAGGACAAGCCGGUGGGCGAGUUCCCUUUAAGGCAGACACCUCACACGUGAUAGACACGUUCCACCGCUUUGCGGGCAUAGAGCGCCUCAAGGACAAGCCAGUGGGCGAGUUCCGCGACGACCAGUGGCUGCUGAUCGCCAAGGCGGAGUCGCAGGGGCUCGUGAAGGUGGAGCUGGGCCUGCCGCCGGCUGUCGUGCAGGAGAACGUGAUCCAGGGGGAUGGUGGACAAGCCAAGCCGGUAGGCGAGUUCAGAGACGACCAGUGGCUGCUCAUCGCCAAGGCGGAGGCGCAGGGGCUCGUGCAGGUGGAGCUGGGCCUGCCGCCCGCUGUGGUGCAGGAAAAUGUGAUUCAGGGGGAUGGAGGACAUUCGGUGGGCGAGUUCCGCGACGACCAGUGGCUGCUGAUCGCCAAGGCUGAAUCGCAGGGGCUCGUGCAGGUGGAGCUGGGGCUGCCUCCCACUGUGGAGUUGGAGGCGGCCUACCUCUCGGAUGGCAUCUCCCACGUGGCCUCGCUCAUCGCAUGCCAACCCGCAUUUGCCCACUUCCUGCACCCCGGCUCUCCUCCGUUCCCUCAGGAGUUUGAAGCAGCCUACCUCUCAGACGGCGUCUCGCACUUCGCCUCGCUAUGGAACGAGCAGCGCCGCACCAUUCUCCGGGCGGCGAUCGCCGCCCGCUUGCUGCCGACGAUGCACAAGGAGACGCGCCUGCUGCUCACCGGCCGCGCCAAGGCAUUCGUAGCCGAGCAGUGCGCUCUCGCCCUCUGGAAACACGUCUCCGUCGCCCCCUUUGACGUCCGGGCGAAGGGGGCGGGGGGGGGUGGGGGCGGAGGGAUGGGCGGGGGCGGGGGAGGGGGCAUGCGGGGCGGCGGGGGGAGGGGCGGGAGGCAUGGGGGAGGGGAGGAGCACGGGGGAGGGGGGCAGCCGUGGCUGCGAGUGAUGGCGUGCUGCUGGGGGCCUGGUAACCCCGCGACCACCUUUGCCAUGCUGAACGCCGCAGGGGAGAUGGUGGACUUUCUCCAUACCGGCUUCCUCUGGGGAGGGGGAGGGGGCGAGCAGCAGGUGAUGGUGAUGAAGAAGCGGGAGGAUGAGCGGCGGCUGAUGGCGUUUGUGAAGGAGCACAAGCCGCAUGUCGUGGUGGUGGGCGGGGCUAACCUUGCGUGUGAACGGCUGAAAGAUGAGAUCUGGGAGGUGAUAUUCAAGAUCGUGGAGCACUUCCCUCGCGACCUCACAUCUGAUGUCGACAACGUCCGUGUGGUGUUUCAAGACGAGACACUCGCGCUGCUGUACGAGAAUUCCGCCAUCUCGCAGGAGCACCUGCCCUCGCAGCCAGGCAUAGUGCGGCGCACGGUAGGGCUCGGGCGCUAUAUGCAGAACCGGCUGGCGCUGGCGGCGUGUCUGUUUGGGCCGGCGAGGGAGGUGCUAUCUGCCAAGUUCCACCGCUCUCAGGACCUGCUGCCGCCUGAUGACGUGUACGACGCGCUUGAACGCGUCAUGGUUACCGUCACCAACCAGGUGGGAGUGGAUGUGAACUAUGCGGCACAGGAGGCGCAGGAUUGGCUCUUUGCACCGCUGCAGUUCGUGUGCGGCCUCGGACCCAGAAAGGCCUCCACGCUUAAAGUGCGCAUACUGGGGGAGGGCGUGGUGCGGCGCCGCAAGGACCUCAUCGACCCGCCCUUCCUGCUCGACCAGGUCGUGUUCAUCAACGCAGCAGCAUUCAUCCGGGUGAGAGGGCAAGAUGACAUGCUGGAUGAUUCACGAAUUCACCCGGCAGACUACCGUCUGGCGCUCAAAGUGGCAACAGACGGCUACUGCGAGGCCCACCGCGGCAUGACGCCGCACAGCGUGGAGGAGCGCGGCAUAGAUGUGGUCCUCGAGGCUCGGGACAACCCGGACCUGAUCCGCAGGCUCGAUUUCGAGGACUACGCGGUGAUGCUGGCUCGGAAGGGGCAGGGCGGGCUGAAGGAGAAGCUGCUGCUGAUUCGCCGCGAGCUCAUGCACGGAUUUGCUGAGUGCCGGGUUCAGUUUGAGUCGCUGAAUGCGGACGAGCAGUUCUGGCUGCUGAGUGGGGAGACGGAGGAGAGUCUUGCGGUGGGGAAGGUGGUGACUGCGACGGUGAAGCGCGUGCUGAAGUUCAAGGUGUUGUGUGCGUUGGAGAGCGGUGUGCUGGGCGAGGUGGACCGGAGGGAUUUCAGUGACGACCCGAAUGUGGAGCUGAGGGAUGUGGUGAGCGAGGGGCAGCCGCUCACAUGCCGCAUCAAGGAAGUGAAGACAGAGGAAGCUAAGGUGAUCCUAACAUGCAAGGGCAGCGAUCUGAGGAGCAGCGAGUGGAGGGAGAUGCGGCAGUGGGACCCGUACUACCAGCGCGCUGCCGUGGAGCAGGAGGAGCAGGCGGCAACGGAGGAGAGGAAGCGCAAGGAGGAGGAGAAGCGCAAAACAGCCUUCCGCCCCCGCAUGAUCACCUACCCGCUCUUCCACAAUGUGUCGCUGGAAGGCGCUAAGAAGGUCCUGGCAGACAAGGACGUGGGCAGUGUGGUGAUUCGUCCCAGCAGCCGCGGCCCCACGCAUCUCAGCAUCACCAUGAAGCUACCGGGCGGGGCCUUCACACACGUGGAUGUGCACGAGGGCGGCAAGGACCGCACCAGCGCCACCAGCUUCCUGCGCCUCGGCCGCACUCUCACCAUUGGGGACGAGAGCUACGAAGACUUGGAUGAGCUGCACCCUCUCUCAUCUUUGCAUCGUUUCUAUUUCUCAUCACUUACUCCUCCCUGCCUGACCACCUCUCCCUCUCAUACGUCCCCUCUCUCUUCACCCCUUCUCACUCUUCUCAACCCCUCGCUCCACCCCUCCGCACCAGGUGAUGGCGCGGUACAUCGAGCCGCUAGCAGCUUGGUGCGGGACAUGGCGGCAAGUUCCGCCUCGGCUCCAAAGGCGACAUGGACGCUCCUCACCACCCCUUUUCACCCCACUCCACCGCUCCCCACCCCUCUCCACCAGGUGAUGGCACGGUACAUUGAGCCCUUGGCAGCGCGCAUGCGGGACAUGGCGGCAUACCGCAAGUUCCGCCUCGGAUCCAAAGGCGACAUGGACGCUCUAGUGCGCACCGACAAGGAGCGCGAGCCUGCCCGCAUCCCCUACUACCUCUCCCUCUCGCAUGACCACCCUGGCGCCUUCAUGCUCACUUAUAUCCGCUCUGCUUCUGUCUCCGGCCGCCCCGUGCACGAGUAUAUCACGGUUUCCCCUGAAGGGUUUCGGUUCCGGAAGCACACGUUCCCAACGCCGGACCGACUGGUGAAGUAUUUCCAGGCGCAUUUUAAUGAUCCGGUGGAGGGUGGCGAUGGGGGUGCGGGCGGGGGUGGUGGGAAAAGAGAGACGCCGCGCCGAGGAGCUUCUGGUGGUGGUGGUGGUGGUGGUUUGGCAUUGCCCCCGCCACCCCCGAUACCGGCAGGGGGGAGGGGUGGUCGGUGGGACCAGGCUGGGUCGGGUGGUUGGGGGGCUGUGGGGGGAGGAGGUGGGGAGAAGCUUGGAUGGGGAGGAGGGGCGUGGAGUGCGGGAGGUGGGGGGGAGCAGGGAGGGGGGCAAGUGUGGCAAUCUGGGGAUGGUGGUGGGAGUGGGUGGCAGAAUGCAGGUGGUUGGGGUGGCGAGGGAGGGGGAGGAGGGGGAUGGGGAGCUGGGAGUGGUGGUGGUGGGUCGGGAGGAGGGUGGGGAGCUGGAGGGGCUGAAAGGGGGGGUGGCGCAAGAACUCCACUCAGAGGCUGA